UAUAUAUCACAUGACACAUGUUUAGUCAAACAGUGGCGUUCUACGGGUUUUAGCGCGGGCGCGUAGUGUUUUCGGUGAUCGUCUUUUGUCACAUCUGAGCAUCAGCCUUCGUGAAGCCAACAGUCUUGUCAGGAAAAUGGAUGUGCAACAAUCCGAUGAAUCAAGCCAUGAGAGUCUUGAAGACAUAUCAGGCUCUGACAGUGACUUUGAAGUCCAGCUGAAGUCCAUGAAAAGGAGAAAACCGACCACUGCGCUACUAGGACUUCAGUCAUCCAAGAGACCUAAGCGAAACGCAGCCCAUGUAAUCCCAAGCCCCAGGACUACCGCUGCCUCCUCCACUCGAGCUCAUUCCCCCCAGCCAUCGCCCCUGUCCCAGGGGAAAACCAGGAGGCAAGCCUCUCCAAGACCAGAAAGGGAGAGGAGGGUGAACCAGAGCAUGAGCGCCCAUGAUAUGUAUGAAGCUGUGAGGUCUGGAAAGAGUGCCAUGGUGGCGGUGGUGGAUGAGUGGCUGGAUGGUUACAAGCAGGACCGGGAGGCAGGAAUGCUGGAGCUCAUAAAUUUUUUUGUACAGUGCUGUGGCUGCAAAGGUAUGGUGAGCAGAGAGAUGUUUAACAGCAUGCAGAACGCUGAGAUCAUCAGCAUUCUGACCAAAGAGUUCAAUGAGGACUCCGCAAACUACCCACUGUGCUCCCCGGGCCCCCAGUGUCGGAAGUUCCGGGCCGGCCUGUGCGAGUUUGCUCAGGUUCUGGUGCACUCCUGCCAGAACAGCCUCCUGUACGACGAGUACCUCUUUUCAUCUCUGCUAGCCCUGCUGACCGGGUUUUCUGACUCCCAGGUCAGGGCCUUCAGACACACCAGCAGCUUGAUCGCGAUGAAGCUAAUGACAGCCAUAGUGCAGGUAGCAGUUGUGGUGUUUGCCCAGUUGAAGACCACCCAAAGACGCUAUGACGUUGAGAAGAGCAAGACUGCCGAACACAGAGCCUCUGAAAAAGUGGAGGAACUACAGGCCACCAUCAGUGAGCUGCAGGAACGCCAGGAGGAGCUGUCCUCUGUAAUGAAUGCUACAUUUCGUGGGGUGUUUGUGCACCGCUACCGGGACCGCGUGGCCGAAAUCAGGGCAGUGUGCAUUGAGGAGCUGGGUGUGUGGCUCCGGGAAAACCCUGUUAACUUCCUCAACGACGGAUACCUCAAGUACCUGGGCUGGACACUGCACGACAAGCAAGCCUCUGUGCGUCUCCAGUGUGUUCGUGCCCUGCAGGGCCUCUAUAAAGAGACAGAUUUUAUUGGCCGCCUGGAGCUCUUCACCAGCAGGUUUAAAGAGAGGAUGCUGGGAAUGGUGCUAGACAAGGAUCCAGAAGUCGCAGUGGAAGCUGUUCAGCUACUGCUGCUCAUCCAACAGAGGACAGAGGAGGGCUUAAACGAGGAGGAGUGUAGCCAACUAUAUCCUCUGGUGUUUGCCUCACACAGAGGUCUGGCGUCUGCUGCUGGUGCCUUCCUUUACCACAAACUGUGCAGCGAAAUGAGCAGUAGGCCACCAGAGGAAGACCUGGGCUGUCGCCGGGCUGCAUUCCUCAAACUGCUUGUCUCCUUCUUCAUCCAGAGUGAAUUUCAUGAGCACGGGGCCUACCUGGUGGACAGUCUGUGGGGUGUAGCAGACUCCGAACUAAGGGACUGGGAAACCAUGACAUCACUACUGCUACAGGAGGCUGGCCAGGAACAAGGUCUUUUGGACGAGGAGGAGGGGGCGUUGAUCGAGCUGAUGAUGUGCGCUGUCAGACAGGCUGCAGAGGGGCACCCGCCUGUGGGAAGAGCGCAGGGCAAGAAGAUCCUGAGCAUGAAAGACAAGAAGGCCCAAGCCCAGGACAAAGGGCGCCUCACCACCCACUUCAUCACCCUGCUGCCCCAGCUGUUGGCCAAGUACUCAGCGGAUGUGGAGAAAGUGACCAAACUCCUGAAGGCUCCCCUGCAUUUUGACCUGGAGACCUACAGCAGCACUGGCAGACUGGAAAAGUAUUUGGAUCUGCUACUCGCCCAGGUGUGUGGCAUCGUGGAGAAGCACACAGAGGCUGUAGUACUGGAGGCAUGUGCCCGCUUGGCGUGUGUCCUUUGCUCAGACAAGUACACCUUCUCCUCCCGUGCCUACCUGGCCGUAAGCCAGCUAGUAGACUGCCUGGCUGACUGCUUUGGCUCCCACCUCAAUGAGCUGCUGCAGGGAACUGCGGAUGAAGAUGAAGUUUACAGAGCUGCCACAGCCCUGAAGAAGUUAUCAGCAUUCAGCAGUGCUAAAGACCUGACUGCCUGGAAGCUGUUUAAGCCCUGCUUUCAGUUGCUGAAGAAUGGUGUAGAGUCCAGAGAUAUCGACAAAGAGCUGAUGGUUCCAGCUCUGAAUUGUGCAGCGUUCCACGUACUCUGGGAGAAAGUCCAAGCGUCCAACUCUGCGCUAGCUCAGGUGGAUGUGAGACAUUUGAAAAAGGAAGUGCGUUCCUUCUGCAUCAUGUGCCAGAGUUGCCUGUCCGUAGGCCAGCCGGGGAUCCGAGAUCAGGCAUUUGAGCUGCUGUGUGACCUGCUGCUGCUUUUUGGGCCAAGCUCAGCGUGCUCCCAGCCGGCUCUGGAGGCCCUGGUCCAUUUCCCUUCAGACUCCCUCCGCUCCGACAUGGCCGCCUUCCUCCUUGACUACGUCUUUGCCGAGCCUGACGGCGACCAACUGUCCGAUGAGGAAGAGGUGGACGAGGAGUCGAAGAUCGCAACUCUCCAGCGGCGGCGCAACCAGUUGGCCGGCUACUGCAAGCUGGUCAUCUACGGAGUCCUGGACUUCAGCUCUGCCACGGAUGUAUUCAAAUUCUACAGCAAGUUCUACAAAGACUACGGUGACAUCAUCAAGGAGACUCUAAGCAGAAUCAAGAUCAUCAGUCCAGUGCAGAGUGCAAAAACUGUCUGCCUGACUUUGAAGCAGUUGUUCUCAGGGCUUGCUCUGGAGGAGUGGGAAGGAAAGGAGUUCGGGGAGAUCAGAGAGCUAGCAAAGAAGCUAGCCAUGAACUUCGGCAUAGACCUUAACCGCAUCCGACAGCCACUGGUGUCCCUGCACAUGGAUGGUAUACAGUUUGCCUUUCGAGGUGCUGCUGAAGGAGAGCAACCCCCCAAUCUGCCCUUCCUGGAGAUUCUCAGCGAGUUCAGUUUCAAACUCGUACGCCAGGACCGUGCCCAGCUGUUAGCUGUUCUGAGCGCUGAGUGUCCAUCUGCUGCCCCCUCCUGGCCGUCCCUGAGGAUGUACCAGCGCUCUCUGCAUUCUGGUUCCUCCAAACCGCGAGAGAUGGAGAGGAACGCCACACUGUCUCCCCACAGCACCCCUGUUGCCAAGCGCAGGAGGACAACCAUCCAGGGCUCAGAGUCCAGAGCUAGCCAGGAGCCUUGCCUGGACAGCAGCAGUAUCCACAGCAACUUGGCCACCCCAACCCUGACCUCCACUGUCCAGAGACAGCCAUCCAAACAGCCUCCAGUCACAUACAUCCCCCCCACCAGCCCUGACAAGGGCAGCAUCUUAUGUGAGCCUAUGUCUGAUGAGGACUUCUCAGAGGGUUCACUUCUGCGCCAGGUGGAACCCACCAGAAGGAGCAAGCAACUCAAUGUACAAACCAGCCCGUCCUCGGAGCACUGUGACCUUGACUCCCAUCUGACCAUGCUGAGUCUGAUUGAGGAAGAUCAGAAUGAGGAUGCAGUGGAGGAAGAGCCUGAAAUUGAAGACUUUGAAAGUGACCAUUUUUCUGACCAUGACACAGCCUUUACACAGCCAUCCAACCGUCAUUCCACCAGCUACUUGGAGGACUUGUUUCAGUGACAGAAAUGAUGUGCCAUCACAGUAACAUUGGAGAAGAACUUG